UUUUAGGUUGCGUUCGAAUUUUGUGACGGUUUCGAAGGAUCAAAGGUUCCCCUGACGACGAUAUGACGCUACUCCAUUCCUUCGAGUUCCGGUUCUUUGGGCACACGGUCCAGCUUCCGGUGCCACUGAUUGUAAAUGUCGUCAUUUCCGUCGGAGCCUACUUUGCCGGGCGCAGUUUGAUACCGAAGAUGAAGACCAUGUUUAUCAACGCAAACUUGUACGGAAUCGACAUGAACAAAAGGUCGAAACCGAAAAUCCCCGAAGCGUUUGGCGUCGUUACAGGAUGUGUGUUUCUUGUGUCACUGUUUCUCUUCAUUCCGGUGCCAUUUUUGCGCAACUUUUCCACCAACGUGGCCGGUAACUUCCCUCACGACAAGUUUGUAGAGUUUGUGGCCGCGAUGCUGUCCAUCUGUUGCAUGAUCCUUCUCGGGUUUGCCGACGACGUGCUGAACCUACGGUGGCGCGACAAACUGUACCUACCUACGAUUGCCUCACUGCCGCUGCUGAUGGUGUACUACACCAAUUUCAACUCGACCACCAUCAUUCUGCCGAAGCUGGUGCGCCCCCUGCUCGGCCAGUCGCUGGACAUUGGUGCACUGUACUACGUGUUCAUGGGAAUGCUGGCGGUGUUUUGCACGAACGCAAUCAACAUUCUGGCCGGCAUCAAUGGACUCGAAGUGUGCCAAUCACUCAUCAUCGCCGGUUCGAUCGUGGCUUUCAAUGUGGCAGAGAUCUGGUGCGAUCAUCACAAUGAUGCGCACGAGUUCUCUCUCUACAUUAUGCUGCCGUACAUUGGGGCAACGUUGGCUUUGUGGCGAUACAACAGAUACCCUUCGGAGGUUUUUGUGGGCGACACGUUCAACUACCUGUCUGGAAUGACGUUUGCCGUGGUCGGCAUUUUGGGCCACUUUAGCAAAACCGUGCUGCUGUUCUUCAUCCCGCAGGUGCUCAACUUUCUCUACUCCGUGCCGCAGCUGUUCCGCUUUAUACCGUGCCCAAGGCAUCGCAUGCCCAAGCACGAUCCAGCCACGGACCUGCUACACACCAGCAGCACGCAGUUUCGGGUGAACGAGUUGAACGCGAUCGGACGCCUGUGCUACCACGUGUUCCGCCAUCUGCGACUGAUCCGCUACGAACUGUCCGACGACGGACGGACGGUAACGUGCAACAAUUUCACGAUUAUCAAUUUUGCCAUCCUGCUAACCGGUCCCAUACGUGAGGACCGAUUGAAUCGGCUGCUGGUAGGAUUUCAGCUCGUUUGUGCACUGUUCGCCUUCACGAUACGCUACCCUUUGGCGCACUAUUUUUACGACGCCAACUAGGAUGGGCAGCGAAGCUAGACAAAAACACCAAAGGACUUUUCUAUAAGAAGACAAGGUGAGGAAAGCUAACACGUGAUAAAAUGGUGUUUUGCGUGCUCCAUGCAUCUCGAAAAUGAGACAAAACUGUUAAACUAACGGUGCUCGACAACCGUUUCUU